AUGCCACCUACAGAUAAAGUUGUAGACCCCGAGGACGCUGAGACACUUCGAAAGUCGGUCUGUCCCCGCAUCUCGCUGGUGCCUGUCCGAUACACCAAAACAAUUCAUUUUGUUCGCCACGGCCAGGGAUUCCACAACGUAGCAGGACAUAUAAACCACGAUAACUACAAGCUAUGGGACUACGCUGACGCGCAUCUGACUGAGCUGGGCUGGGAGCAAGCAACGCAGCUGGGUCGUCAUGUGGCGGCGGUCAAACUACCCGUUGACCUGGUAGUGGUCGCACCCCUGCAGCGGGCACUGGAGACCGCCGUGGCCGCGUUCGGCAGCAAGGAACAAAAUCACCCCCACAACGGUGAUAACGAUAACGGUAACGGUGACAGCCGGGAUGCUGCUGGUGCGACUGCGGAUGGUGGGGAGGACUCGGCGCCGUUGUUGAUGGUGGCGCAGGAGGGGUUGGCGGGCAAGCGGACGGCUCACACGGCGAUAUCCAGCAGGGGCUGUCCGCCCUUCAUUGCCCACGAGCUGUGCCGGGAGCACAUCGGGGUCCAUCCCUGCGAUCGCCGCAGUCCGGUGUCCGAGUACAAGAAGCGUUUUCCUGCUGUGGACUUUUCGCUGGUGGACCCGGAUGAGGAUGCGUUGUGGACUCCAAAUCACAGAGAAACAAAGGACGAAAUCCGCCGCCGCGGCCUUGCGUUUCUCAAAUGGCUAGCGACGCGGCCGGAGCGCAAUAUCGCAGUCGUGUCUCACUCAUCCUUCCUGCACUUCACGCUAUCUUGCUUCGGGCAGGGCGCCGCAGAGGCGGUGCAGGGCGAGAUGCACAAGUGGUACGACAACUGCGAGAUGCGGUCGCUGGUUCUGAGUGAUGACAGUGCGGAGGCCGCGGAGGCGGCGGCGGCGGGAGGUGCUAGGCCGGUGGACCAAUGGCACUUUGCCGGCGGGUUGCAUGCGACGGGCCUGCCCCACUGA